UAGUGACAGAGAUGACUGCAUUGGACUGCAUCAUCGGCGGUUUGGGUUUGGUUGCAAGUCUGCGGUUGCGCGGCCGCUUCCUCCCCCGAUCAGCUGUCAAAAUAAUAUCCCAACAUAAAAAAUUAUUAAUACAAGUGUGAAAUAAUUAUGGCGGUAUCGCAUGCAAUAAACUGUGGAGAUAUUGUUCAUCUUAAUGUUGGAGGAACGAGGUUCUCCACGUCUCGCCAAACGUUGUCCUGGGUCCCCGACUCAUUUUUCACGGCACUUCUGAGUGGCCGAAUUUCCAGCUUACGAGAUGAGACUGGAGCGCUGUUUAUAGACAGAGAUCCAAAAAUAUUUUCAGUCAUUUUGAGUUACCUGAGAACAAGGGAUAUCGAUCUGAAAAAUGCAGAUCUUCGUGCUCUUAGGCACGAGGCUGAAUAUUACGGCAUUGCGCCCUUGGUCAAGCGAUUAAUGCUCUGUGAAGAUUUAUCCCAAUCAUCGUGCGGUGACGUUUUAUUUUAUGGCUACUUGCCGCCACCGAAUAUCCCUCUGCAAGAACCAGCCACAGCAAUAACACCGGCCAAUGAUGUUUCUGUACAUGGCAGAACAGGCGGCGUCCCGAUGAUUUCCAGAGUCGAGAUUCCUAAUAACCAGCAAUCGAUUAUCGUCACAUCGUGUUCUUCUAGUACCAGUAAUAGUAAUGUGAAUAAUGGAAGUCAACAAAGUCAACGAGCUUCUCUUCCAACUCAUGUACGUAAUUCUUCUCUCGAUUACCGAGUCUCACAGCGAGGAUUACCCCAUACACGCACUCCGUCCCUAGAUUUGAGGCAUGUUAGAAAUGGUUCAGCGGAUCUGAACAAGAUAUUCAGAAAUGACGUUGGUCUAGUGUUUGGUGGUCAGCAAGUUUCAGCAUGGGUCGAUCCGUUGAGGGUGCAAAUUAUAAAGGCCCACCACAACUGGAUAGUCAUUGCUUACGCACACUUUAUAACUUGCUACCGUUUAAAAGAUUCGUCCGGUUGGCAGCAUGCAUUCACAAGUCCUCAUAUCGAAUCAAUAAUUGAACGAGUAGCAAUAAAUGCUAAAAUGGGUAGCGGCACAGAUGGUAAAAUGGUCGCAAUUUCAUACGGAAGUCAAGUUCGACUGUGGAGCGUGUCGGAGGAAGGGAUAAAGACAAAUAUCGGAACAUUCAAUCUGAACGUUCGUGUUGAAUAUCUAUUUUUCAUUGGUAGCCAGUUGGUUGCCCUUUCUUCGACUGGGAAAAUUGGAGUGUGGCAUGCCAUGACCCACCACUGGCAAAUACAAGAUGUUGUUCCGAUAUCGUCUUUUGAUACAGCUGGUUCAUUUCUGUUGCUCGGAUGCAACAAUGGAUCCAUUUAUUAUAUUGAUAUGCAGAAAUUUCCACUCAGAAUGAAGGACAAUGAUUUAUUGGUCACUGAGCUCUACCGUGAUCCCAGUCAUGAUCCGAUCACUGCUAUUUCUGUUUAUCUUACACCAAAGACCAAAGAUUUCCUAUACCUUCUCACAGGUCUGUGUGGGAAUUGGAUUGAAAUUGCUUACGGUACAAAAUCGGGGAGCGUACGCGUUAUCGUACAGCAUCCUGAGACUGUCGGUCACGGACCUCAACUCUUCCAAACAUUCACUGUCCAUCAGAGUAGCGUUACUAAGGUUACACUGUCAGAAAAGUUCCUGGUAUCUGUAUGCUCUGAAUACAAUCACGUUAGAAGUUGGGCAGUAACAAGAUUUCGAGGUAUGAUAUCCACACAGCCAGGGUCCACUCCGGAAGCUAGUUUUAAGAUAGUUUCACUCGACGCUGUUGAACCGUGCGUUAGUUACAACGCUGGCAACGAUUUUGGUCCGUUUGGUGAACAGGACGACGAACAAGUAUUUGUGCAAAAAGUUGUGCCGGAAACAGAUCAACUGUUUGUGAGACUCGCUUCCAAUGGCAAUAGAGUUUGUGUGAUUGAAUCGGUAGAUGGUAGCGUUAUAAGUUCAUUCUGUGUCCACGAGUGCGAAGGAUCCAGUCGCAUGGGAUCUAGACCUAGGCGGUUCAUUUUCACCGGUCAUUCUAAUGGAGCCAUCCAGAUGUGGGACCUAACUACUGCCUUAGAUUUGUGUUCUAAAAUUGACCAGGUGAAAAAAGUUAACGGCGGCCCGACACCGGAAGAAUUAUGGAAAUUACUGGACCAAUGUGAUUUGAGCAACAGCCACUGCUCGACUCCGUGCAUCAGUCCUUCUCCGUCGCUAAUAUCAGCUGGAACUCGAAUUAAGGCAAGCAAUGUACUAUUUUUAAAUCAAUCUCAACAUCUGGAACCUCCCAAUGGUUCCAGUCAGCUUACGUGAAUGCAAAUAUCAGAAAUAACACCAGGGAUGGUGAAAAUAUUUGCCAGUCAAACUUAAUCAUUGAAUAGAGAGUUGUAUUUGAGUUGAAACGCAAACUUUGGCCAGCUGGUUUUUUUUUAUCUGGAGCAAGUUUUCUGUUUGCACUUGAUCGUCUUUCUAUCAUCACUGUUACUCAAUCUAUAUGAUUCGUAAUUUAAUAUUUCGUUUAUUAACAAUUAGUUGACCUUAUCUUCAACUUUAUUUGAAGUUCCUACAGCAUCUAUACGUUUAUCGAUGUGAAGUUACACUCGAAUUAUAGUUGAUCUUUAACUUAUUAUCAUUAUUAUUAUAAUUUUUAAAUUACGCGCCCGAAUCUGAACUAGUCUUUCAAAAAUUAAAGAAUCCCCCCUCCCAAAUUACCCGUCAUAUGGCGUACCGCUCCGCCGUCGUUGGUAAUUACAGCCGCGAGUAACUCGUGUGUAACUUCUCGAAGUGAAGUGCAAUAUCUUUUCUAAUAAUGAAAUCCAGAGGAAAGUAAUUAAAAAUUAGCACUAGACUCAAUAUGUUGCAUUUCGUUACUGAAUCGUUGCUGAACGCAAGAGCGUCAGAGAUAGUCAUUUUAUGUGGUAUCCGCAUAAGUAGCCGUCUCUCUUACUAAAGGGUCAGCGUUCAGGAAUCAAUAAAUGACCCCAUGUGUAUAAGAACGUCCUCAUCACACCAAUGGGUCACUAUGCAUUCAUGGUAUAUUUUAAAUAAUUUAUGUUGAUAGGACAAAGAUAAUGAAUAUCUUAUGAUUCGCUAUGGAAUAAUAUUAUAGCCUAAUUUUCUUGGUCUUCGAUGCAAUUAAAAAAUGAUGGUAAUGCUGAGUUAUUUUUCAGUUGGUUGCAUGUACUUUAUUGGCGCGUAGCGUUUGUACUAUUUUUCAAGUCAAAGGUACAAAUAUUCAUACAAUGUUUUUUUUUUCUACAAUAUAUAGUUGAAGGUCUUGACGUUUGCUUGAUAAAUGAACUUCUGGAUGAUUUUCAUACCAAUUAUGAACGGAGGAUGAUGUUCUCAUUGUAACAAACCAUUAAAAUGGCAUCAAAUGUAUAAAGUUUUGAUAAAUAGUUAUACUGAUAUAUUUUUGUUAUAUUUAUCUCAAAGACAUGUAUGGUAUAGGUAGAAUUGCGCAGCUAGAAAUUCCUUGUGUAAUCAUACGUACGUACAACGUGGUAGCAACGAAUAACGGUCUUUAUUGCAUUUAGUUUUCAAAUAAUUUCUAGGUUUAGUUGAAACUCCACUUCAGGACAAUGCGUUGUAUUUAUUGCCGAUGCUUGAGGCAUUUUUAACUCCGCGACUCUGAGUAAAUGUAUAAUAACAAUAGAAUAUUAUAUAAUAAUGCUGUUGUAAUUAUCUUCUCUGUGAUCUAAAUAAAUUAAAUGCAGUUUUCUACUACUGAAAAUUUUCUGGGUUCAAACAGAGCAUAAAUAUAUUGAAUUUAUUUAAAAACGUUUAUUUAUUAUUUAUCAACAUUUAUAUUAGGUACAUUAAAAAAUAGUCAUACCUUUUGCACCAACAUUAUCUAGAUUUGUUUGAAAAUGUCAAUGCCACUUCACAAUUAUUUAGUCUAUUUAAACACCUAUGUACUCCUACACCCGUUUUCCAAGACAAGGGUAUACGAACCAUUCUAUAAGUAUUUAUCAAUAAUUCAUAUCUGCGAACAUUCGCCUGAAGUAAAUUUUAUUCUGCACUGAUAACAAUAACGAGUGAAUAAGCCUGGUUAAAAUGCGAUCAAUUAUCACAGGACUUCCACUGUUUGCUUGAUUAAAACAGUGACAUAAGCGGUGUAAUGAAAUCCCUGUUAUCACAUCAGCUGUUCAACUUACUUUUAUUUUACACGAUCGAAUUAUGGAUGUACCUGUGUAUAACGAUGCUUGGGACUGGAAGGAGAAAAUCUCUUCCAUGUUUGUGUAUAAAUAACUGAAUCAUUUACAGGCACUGUGGUGAUAUAUUUUUCUAUACACGAUGAGAUUUAACUUGCAAACUGUUAUUCUAGAAAACAUUCUCGUAUUAUUCGCCGCAUGUGCCUUCUGCAGGAACAAUAUAAACUCGCAGGUCCUAUAAGGAUUUUGAACUAUAUGUCAAAUUGUACGUCUAAAUACUGUGUUUAUAGUAUUAUAAAGUGAUAUGGAAGACAUUGAAGAUUUCA